CAGUCAUCAUGCGAUGAAGGUUGCUCAACCCAGCCGUUCACCUGCAGCCCAAGGGAAUCUGACUCCCUUAAAGUGUAGUUACUGUGACCAAGAACGACACAGCGUCGAUCGCUGUUAUUUUCUCCAUGGUUUUCCCGUGGGCCAUAAGCUACAUGGCAAAAAUGUGAAGCCACCCAACCGAAGGAAAUCAGCUGCACAUAAUACUCAAGCAAGCUCUAUGGAGUCAACUCAGGCAUCAACUACCACUCCUAAUGAGAAGCCCAUAUUCACCACCGAGGAGUACACUCAGCUUAUGGCGCUACUUCGGAAAGAGAAUGGUAAUACACCAUCUUUUGCUAAUACCACAGGACGUGGCUACGAAGAGGAUGAUUGGCCUGGGCAAGCAACAUAAAGGGCUCUACUACAUCACCCGCCAACAGAACCCACACCUAGUACACCAUGUCAACCGUCAUUCCAGCCUCUGGCACCAACGUCUUGGACACCCAUCUGCUGCUCCUCUCCAAGCUUUAUCCAAAAACAUUCCUGAAGUUGUUUUUGAUUUUUCCAAUA